ACAGCUCAUCCUCGUGCAUCAUCCUCGUGCGUUACACACAAACGUAUACAGCGCUCUGCACUGCAUAUAUUGCUAUUCGCAUCCUCUCUAGUCAUUCUCCAGUCGAUCGCACUGUUCAUUAACUUUUGCCGAGAUGUCCACUGCAGAGUUGUCACAUUCAGUCUCGACUCCGGUGCCACUGCUCUCGCCGUCCAUAUCGUUCUACCCUUCGGGCCCACUAGUGCAGUUCCCCCCUCCGUUGCCCUCGCAUCGCCUUCCAUUGCGGGAGCGCUGCGGCUUCACGCAGAGUCUGAAGAUCCAGACCAACUUCUCGCGCCAGCCGCGCUGUUCGCCCUGGUCACCUAAGGGCCACAUCCAGCCUCAUCGUAACAAUGUUCCACGCAGGCGCAGGGUGAAAGCCAAGCACGUCGUGCUGAAGGACGAUGACAGCCCUGUCGUCGAGGCUGAGCCUGUGGACCUUCCCUUGCCCGCAGGCGCGUACGACAUUCCAGCCAGAACCGAGCAGAGGCAUCUACAGGAGGUCAUUCCAGGCCUCUUCCUAGCGUUCAAGCUAUCGGAUGAGGCCGAGGAUGAUGAGCAUAUGCGCAAGGAAGGAUACACCCACAUCAUCGACAUAUGCUAUGCACUUCCCGGCUGUGAUGGCGGAGUUAUCAAGCAGAUGCAUGAAGACCGUGUUCAUCGUCUCCGCCUGACGUUGCCCGAAUUGUCACGCCCCUCUUCCCAGAGUUCAGAGCGAGCGGGACUCGCUCUGAGCGACGCGCAGCUCCGCACGGCCCGCGACAUGCUUGCACAGACACUCCCCUGGCGCAAUGCAGUCGACGCCCCUGGCGAACUUUAUGCAGCACCAUCCGGCCCCCGUGUCCUCAUUUCUACUCCUGCGCACAGGCCGACAGACGCCAUGGCGGUAGUGGGCUGCUACCUCUCCUUCGCGUCGGGCAAGAGUGUGGAGACGUCCUUGCGAUUCAUCGACGAUGAGCAGGACUUCCUUAGCAUCUGGAAGGGAGAAGUCUCGGGUGAUGAGGAAGCGCGAGUGGAGCAUAUUGCGCGCCUUUCGUCCUGGCUGUCGAAUGUGAGACGGUGAACGGACACUGGUUGCAAGCGCCUGAAGUGCACGGAAGAUAUGGCAUUGUAUGAUUAUUGCGAAUAUAGCGACUUGUGUAACAGUUGUGUUGUUCCUCGGUAUAAUUUGUACAGUGAUCGUUAAUAUGAU